UCACAUCCACACGACCCGUAGGAAAACAACAGAGAUUAUGCAGGACAGCGCGGAGGACGCGCACACUUUUACGCACACGAUUAAUCACUCCUCGGUAGCUCGACAGACGUCCAAAUAAACGACAUGAGCGCUGUUGCGCUAUUUUUGGGGGAGCCUGCUUUUUCCUCUUGAGGAUCGUGCUCGUGAUUUUUGCUGUAGCGCUUUUUGUGAAUGAAGAUGAGCCGUGCGUAAAAGUCGGGUGGAAAAAGAGGACUCACUUCCCCACCGUUUGGCAGGUGGCGCUGGCUUUACCUGCGAACUUUUACUAUGACAUUGGACUUGGAGAUCAUGGAGGAUAUCGUUAUAGACGUAGUAGGGGAAGGACUCAAAGAUAAUGCGGAGGAGCAGCUCUUGCCUUCGGAUGAGGCGCAGGAGCGCACCACGGAGACUUUUUCCUCCAGCAGCCAAGGUAAGGACGCGGACGCGUACAGCCCCGCGCCGGCGUGUCCUCCUGCUGCUAAAACUAAAGGUCCCACCACGGUGAAGCCUCCAUACUCGUACAUCGCCCUAAUAACGAUGGCCAUCCUUCAAAGUCCGAAGAAACGGCUCACCCUCAGCGAGAUCUGUGACUUCAUCAGCCACCGCUUCGUUUAUUACCGCGAGAAAUUCCCCGCGUGGCAGAAUUCAAUCAGGCACAAUCUGUCGCUCAAUGACUGUUUUGUAAAGAUGCCCAGAGAGCCUGGAAACCCGGGGAAGGGAAACUACUGGACGCUUGACCCAAACUCCUCGGAUAUGUUCGAGAACGGGAGCUUCUUGCGCAGGAGGAAGCGCUUCAAGCGGCAGCACUUUCGCUUCGAUCCACUCAAGGAGCAGCACCUGGAGUCCAGCGGACUUCACGGUUUCCCCCACGGCGCCUACGGCCUCGGCGCGGCGGCUCUCCACCUACCCAGUUUGGAAAUUUACCCCUACCUCCAUCACCAUGCGCCCUCGCCGUGCGCCGCCGCCACCAUCCCACCUGUCAGCAGCAUCCUGCCAGCUCUCUCCAGCUUCUUCUCCCGCAGCGCGCUCACAGCCAAGGCUUUCCUUCAGGGCCAGCCCGGGAUCGAAGGCUUCUCCCCGGCUCAGUGUACUGCUUACUCCGCUCCUCUGAGCUCCAGCGCAACCUACGCUUCCCCUGCGCUUUUCCACGGCGCAGCGUCUCCGCACCUCCUCAGUUUGCACCAGGACUACCAGAAAAUACAGACUCAGCGGAUCGACCUGGCAAAAUACAUCAGCAGCGCCAACGACUAAUUACAGCAGCAAACCGAGUUCCCAUUUUAUAUCUCAGGUUUAAAAAAGAGAGACAAACCAAUGUUGUAAAUUGGACGGAAAUGUUAUAUGUUUUUAAACCCUUUUUUUAUGUCAGAAAUUCCUUUGGCAGGUGCUUUUAAAACAUGAUCAUGAAAUAUAUUUCUUUUGUUAAAAAUAUUUAAAUGACGAGUUUCCUAUGUGUCCAUUCCUGGAAAUAAAUGAAAACAAAUAUUUAA